AUGGGGGCCCAGCGCCAGCCGGGCAAAGGCAGUGGGGUCCCAGAUCCAGCCCCACUGCCUUUCCCAGGGCUGGGGGGGGACACACACGCUGGGGGCAGCUUCCAGCUCUCUGCCCAUCUCCCACAGGCUCCCGGCUCCCGUGCCUUCCUCCACAGCGACUACGACGUGGCGCUGCCCUGCAUCCGCAAGCUGGUGGCAGGUAAAAGUGACAACCCCGAGCCCCUGUGUGAUGAGUUGGGCAGGUCUCAGCCAGUGCUGAUGGCCACCCCCUCAACGCCUGCCACAGCCAGCAGCUUCACCAAACCCAAGGUGCUGACGGCCGCCUCCACCCUCAAGUUCAUCCCUGAGGAGUUGGCUGUUUUCUGCCGGGAUUUCCGCCUGCUCCGCUUCCACUUCCAGGAGAACGGGUUGGCUCUGCAGGCGUUUCGGGUCGCCAAUGCCAUCGCCCAAGCGCGGGAGGCAGCCGCAUGGCUGGGGGACACUGGCGAGGGACACGAUGGCUGGUGCUGCCCAGCUGAAGCCCCUUUGGAGGAUGAGGAUGAGGAGGAAGGCUCGGCUGCCACGCUGCUCUUUGAGAGCCUGCGUGACUGGGAAAAGGAGCUGAAGCGCCUGGGUGCCGUGGGCUGGAGGGUGAGCGCCGUCAACGAGCGCUUCGACAUGGCCCCCAGCCCCCCCCGGACCCUGUGGGUGCCCAGCGGGCUCCUGGACCACGACCUCAAGCGGACCUUCGCCCACUUUGAGGAGCGCCGGGUGCCUCGCCUGUGCUGGCACCACCCAGGCGGCGGAGACCUGCUGAGAGCUGCCAGCUUCCACGCAGCCUCUGAGCCAGGCAGUGAGGAUGUGAGGUGCCUGGAGGCUCUGCUGCUGGGGGGCCGUGGGCCUUGUGUGCUGGCCGACACUGCCGAGCUGCCCACCCUCGCCGACAUCCAGGUCGCCCACCUCAAGCUGCGGGCGCUCUGCCUGCCCGGUGCGGCAGCGGAAGAGAAGUGGCUCUCAGCCUUGGAGGGGACACGCUGGCUGGACCAUGUCCGCACCUGCUUGAGAAAAGCUGUUGAGGUGGCAUCGCUGCUGGCGGGGAGACGCUGCUCCGUCCUCCUGCAAGAGCCAUCAGACCGGGACCUAAACUGCCUGCUGGCCUCGCUGGUGCAGCUCCUAGGGGACCCCCAUACCCGCACCCUGCCCGGCUUCCAGAGCCUGGUGCAGCGGGAAUGGGUGGCAGCUGGACACCCCUUUCCCCACCGACUGGGGCUCCUCCGUCGCGACAGCCCCCGGGAGGAGGCUCCCGUUUUCCUGCUGUUCCUGGACUGCACGUGGCAGCUAGUGCGGCAAUUCCCAGCGGCUUUUGGCUUUACUGAGGCCUAUCUCCUCGCCCUCCACGACAGCAGCUUCGCCCCUUACUUCAGCACCUUCCUCUUCAGCUGCCAGCGGCAGCAGGGACGAGGCAGCCCGCACCGGCCUCGUAGCCAGACCUAUACACCGGUGAACGGUUGGCGGGACCCCCAGCCAGGUGCGCCGCAGGUGGGCAGGACAGGCAGCCCUGCCUGCAGGCUGCCCACUGUCUGGGACUGGGGGCUGCGCUACAGCCGGCACCAGCGGGCCCGAUUCAGGAACCCAGCGGAGAGCCUUGGCGAGUGGGGGGGCAGCCCGGGGGGUAACCGGCCCCCUGCCCCCCCCCCGGGGCUGCUGCUGCCCUGCGCUGCAGGACCUUCCGUCCGGCUCUGGCAGCGCUGCUACCUGCGGGGUCUGCCUGAGGCACAGCAUGGGCGCUUCGCCCCAUCUCCGGCCGGCCUGGCCGAGGAGCUGACGUUGCUGCAGGACCGGCUCAGCGCCUGGCAGCCAGCGGGAUCCUGCACUGAGGCCGCUGGCAGCGCCCUCGCACCCUCCCAGUGA